CCCGCGAGAUCUGUGCUGUCCCGCCGCGGCCCGCCGGCCUCACGAUGGCUCAGGAGCCCGGGUUGGCGACUUCCGCGCCUCCCGGUUCUCAGGCCCUUCUGGACACUUUGCUCCAGAACCUCUACGACUUUGGAGAGACAGAAGAUGAAACAGAAGAGAAAAGAGUCAGAAAAAAGAGAGAGAAGAAGAGAGGUACGGGGCCCCUGGCAGCUUUGGCAACAGAGCCAGCUCCCCAACCUGAGUCUCUUGUCAGAGGCCAGAGGAAGAGUGCUGCUAGCUUCUUCCAGGAGCUCCGGGAAGAGCUGCAGGGCACUCCUGCUGUGACCCCCAGUGGUUCCCCUGCGGGACCUGCUGGAGCUGCAGCAGCCUGCUCUCCCCCAAGGAAUGACAGGGAGCCAGUAGAAGUGGUCCAGUUUCACAGCCGAAGUAAAAAAAGGAAACAGAAGCCAGAUCAAGACGAGAACACAAAGACCAAAACUAAAGACCAAAACCAUCUUGAUAAGGAUGUGGAUAUACAAGAAUUUAACUUAGAAAAGGCUCGCUUGGAAGUGCACCGGUUUGGGAUCACAGGCUAUGGAAAAGGAAAGGAGAGAGUCCUGGAGCGGGAACGUGCCAUUAUGCUGGGUGCUCGGCCUCCCAAAAAUAGUUACGUGAAUUACAAGGUUUUGCAGGAGCACAUCAAAGAAAAGAAGGCAGCAAAGGAAGAGGAAAAGAGAAUGGCCAAGGACACAGAUAUUUUCAAGAAAAAGAAGAGGAAAGGACAGGAAGACAGGAAAUCAAAGAAGAAGAAGUCUGCUCCAAGUAUUUUGUCAAGUGGACGGAUUGGGCAGGUUGGAAAAUUCAAAAAUGGGACAUUGAUUCUGAGCCAAGUUGAUAUCAAGAAAAUAAAUUCUUCCAGAGUGGCUAAAUGACAUUACUUUAUAAAAUAGAGAAAUGGGAAAGUGCCAAAUGGACUGAAACUGGACCCCUACAAGACUUCAGAUUAUUCUUAUUUAUUUUGUAUUUCAUAGACUGUUUUUUAUCUUAAGGAAAAAAAAAUGAAAUAAUGAAUUUCUA